AAAAAAAAAGAGAUUAUUUGGUGAAACUGUAUUCAAUCCCAGUGCUGGUGCAGUGAACCCUAGCUAUAGAAACAUUGUUGUUGUUCGAAAUCGACGAUCCCUUCUUUCAUCUUAUUCUUCGAUUCGGAGCUUCUUCAAUCUUAAUCAUGGCCAGCAAGGAGCCAGUAAAUGAACAAGCAGUUGCAAACACGUAUGCAGCUAUGAGGUCUGAACUCAACCAAUAUUACUCCAAAAUAACUGAACUGGAAAUGGAAGUUAGUGAGCACACGUUGGUUCUUAAUGCCAUUCAGCCACUUGACCAAUCUAGGCGAUGCUAUCGCAUGAUUGGAGGGGUUCUUGUGGAGAGAACCAUCAAAGAGGUCAUGCCUGCUGUGCAGCGAAAUAAAGAGGGACUUGAAGAGGUUGUUGCUAGACUUAAUGAGGCAUUGGAAAAGAAGAAAAAGGAAAUUUCUGACUUUGAGGCUAAAUAUAAAAUAAGGAUAAGGAAGGCUGAUGCUGAGGUGAAAGAUGAGUCUGGUAGGAAGGAGGGUUCUGCUCAAGGGGUUCUUGUUGGCCCUGCGGGUGGUAGUGAAUGAUAUGUCUAGUUUUAUCCUGUUUCCUCAAAUGACUAGAAAAGAAGCUCACUGCCCUAUUUUUCAGUUACUGGUUGCAUGCUGUAUGAUGAUUUGUCGUUGUAGGGAUUAGUCUAAAACAAGUAUAACUUGAUAUCAUCUUCAUUUUAUUUGUUUUGGGCUGAAGAAGGGUCAAGUUUUCAUGUAGAUUUUUGUAUGCAAGACUAGAGCAUAUAAUCAUAUGACAGCUAUUUUCUCUCCCA